GGCAGGGGGCGGGAACCAAGAGAGGCGGGCGAUGUGGUGGGCGGGAGCCUGAGCCAUCCGCGCUUCGGGAGCAGGUGGAACCGGGGCUGUAGCCCAGUCGGCGGAUCUGAGUGGGACUUCACAGGGACCAUGGAGCUGCUCAAGCUGAACCGCAGUAUGCAGGGACCCGGACCCGGGCCGGGGUCCUCCUCAUUAUGCCGCCCGGGUGUCCCCCUCCUCAACAGCAGCAACUCUGGCAACCUCAGCUGCGAGCCCCCUCGCCUCCGCGGAACCGGGACCAGAGAAUUGGAGCUGGCCAUUAGAGUCACCCUUUAUGCGGUGAUCUUUCUGAUGAGUGUUGGAGGAAAUGUGCUCAUCAUCGUGGUCCUGGGACUGAGCCGGCGCCUGAGAACUGUCACCAACGCCUUCCUGCUCUCCCUGGCAGUCAGCGACCUCCUGCUGGCUGUGGCUUGCAUGCCCUUCACACUCCUGCCCAACCUCAUGGGCACAUUCAUCUUCGGCACAGUCAUCUGCAAGGCUGUUUCCUACCUCAUGGGGGUGUCAGUGAGUGUGUCCACGCUAAAUCUCGUGGCCAUAGCCCUGGAGCGGUACAGCGCCAUCUGCAGACCACUGCAAGCACGGGUGUGGCAGACACGCUCCCACGCAGCGCGGGUGAUCUUAGCCACAUGGCUACUGUCUGGACUACUUAUGAUACCUUAUCCUGUGUACACCGCAGUGCAGCCAGUGGGGCCUCGAGUGCUGCAGUGCGUGCAUCGCUGGCCCAGUGCUCGUGUCCGCCAGACCUGGUCAGUGUUGCUGCUAAUACUUUUGUUCUUCGUCCCGGGUGUGGUUAUGGCGGUGGCCUACGGGCUCAUCUCUCGCGAGCUCUACCUUGGGCUUCGCUUUGAUGGUGACGACAGUGAGACCCAAAGCAGGGUCCGAAACCAAGGAGGCCUGCCGGGUGGGCAGCACCAGGUAGGUGAAAUGCACGAGGGGCGGGGCUUUGGUGAUGGGCAUGACCUCCUUACUGUGGAGAAGGGGCUUCGAGUGAAAGUUGGGCUGCAAUAUGAGAGGAGUCUCUUCUGCUUCGAUCGCACCUUCUGUGCUCUGUGCUCAGGGCCUGUCCACCAGAACGGGGCUUGCCGUCCUGAGACUAGCCUCCCUGGGGAAGACAGUGAUGGCUGCUACGUGCAACUUCCGCGUUCCCGACUGGAGAUGACAGCGCUGACCACGCCCACUCCUGGGCCAGGGCCAGGCCCUCGGCACCAGGCCAAGCUGCUGGCUAAGAAACGUGUGGUGCGAAUGCUGCUGGUGAUUGUUGUGCUUUUCUUCCUGUGUUGGCUGCCAGUGUACAGCGCCAACACGUGGCGUGCCUUCGAUGGUCCAGGGGCACACAGAGCACUCUCAGGGGCCCCCAUCUCUUUCAUCCACUUGCUGAGCUAUGCCUGCCUGUGUCAACCCCUGGUCUACUGUUUCAUGCACCGCCGCUUUCGCCAGGCCUGCCUGGACACAUGUGCCCGCUGUUGCCCACGGCCUCCACGAGCUCGCCCCCGGCCUCUUCCGGAUGAGGAUCCUCCUACCCCUUCCAUUGCUUCACUGUCCCGGCUAAGCUAUACCACCAUCAGCACACUGGGGCCUGGCUGAGAGGUUGAGUGAGUGGAGAAUGAGACAGGACACAUGAUCCUAUAAACCGACCCAUCCAAACACAAAAGAAACACACCAGGACUAAUCCAGGAGGACACCCAACAGCAUGGAUAGACCCCUCCCCACAGAAAAUGUUAUUUUUGCUGUUCUACCUGAAAGAAACAGGAGUCUCACACAGGAAAGGAGGCACACUUCUGAUAUGGGACUGAGUCCCACCCUGGCACUGACCCACUGGAUAGACAAACACAAUGUCUGUAGCAGUGAAUUUUCCCUACACAAGGAGAGCUCUGACAAGGGCUGACUGGCUCCUCACAUGCAUACAUUAAUGGCACUAUUCUAUAGUGUCCAUAGCCUAGUGCAAGAUUGACUUAAGACAAUGCAGACUGUCCCCAGUUUGACCUCAUCAUUUCCUUCCUCAACCAGCAUUGAAAAUAUUAGUAGGCCUAAUCACACACACCUUCCCAACAUACG